AAUGUGAUAGCCGUUUUCUACCAAUGAUACAAUUAGAACAGGAACAGCAAUUUGUAGCUUAUUUUAGUAACCAACAAGUCUAACGAGUUGGCAGCUGUACUGUAAAAGUGUUUUUUUAUUCUAUAAGAUAUUUUUACUUAUUAAUUGUUCCUUUUACAACGUACGAAUUAUAAAACAUUUUUUUUUUUUAUUAAUUUUUUGAAUUUUAAAUGUAACUCAACAUUAAGUAAUACCGAACAAUUUUUAUCAAACCAUAAAUAUUAUAAUAUAUAAUUCUUAAUUAUUACACAAAUUUAUUCAAAAUGUCAAAUUUAAAGUCCUUUAACUUUUUCAGAAGGUAUAAUGUUGUUAAAACUUUAAGGUUCUUUAAUAUUCGACAUGGUUCACAGUCUAUGUUAUUGUCAGCUAUUGAUGAAAAAACUGGGAUUGCAACAGUUACAUUGAAUAAACCUCCAGUUAAUAGUUUGAAUCUAGAAUUUUUAGAGGAAAUUAAAAAUCAAAUUCUUCAGCUGCAAAAUGAGAAAGCAAGAGGAAUGAUUUUAACUUCAGGAUUGCAAAAAGUUUUUUCUGCUGGUUUGGAUAUUACUGAAUUUUAUCAACCUGAUCUCAGUAGAUUAGCGCAAUUUUGGACAACAUUACAAGAUACAUGGCUAGCACUGUACUUGGCACCAUUUCCAACAACAGCAGUUAUCAAUGGCCAUAGUCCAGCAGGGGGUUGUUUGAUGGCCAUGAGUUGUGAUUAUAGAGUAAUGGUAGGACCAAAAUAUACAAUUGGAUUAAAUGAAACUAAACUUGGUAUUGUAGCACCAAAGUGGUUUCAGGACACAAUGGUUGCAGUAAUUGGUCAAAGAAAUGCAGAAUUAUCGUUAAUAUUAGGUAAAAUGUACACAACAGAAGAAGCAUUGAAAAUUGGUCUUGUGGAUGAAAGUGUUGCUGAUACAAAUACUGCAAUUGAAAAAGGCAUUCAGUUUUUGCAUAACUUUCAAAAUAUAUCGCCAUGGGCAUUCAAAAUGACAAAAGAUAUUAGUCGGCAACCCACUGUUCAAUGGUUGCUAGAAAAUAAAAAAAAAGAUUUAGACUUUACUCUGAAUUUUAUGCAAUCAUCAAAUAUUCAAAAAGGACUUGGACUUUAUUUACAGUCUUUAAAAAAAUAGAAAAAGUGGUGAAUGUAAUAUUAUUCAAAAUUAUUAUUUUUAUUAAUAUUUAACACAAGAUUUUUUUUAAAUCAUUUUCGAUUUGAUUCAAAAUUAUAUUUAAAAAAAUAAAUGGCCUACUAAUUAGCUUAUAAUUUUAUAUUUCAUUACUAUUUUCUGUACAAAUAAAUAUAUAAGACUAAGUAAAA